CUCGGUCUCCAGAACCCUUCCGUCAUCUGGUUUUGCUCGGAGAUUUGAUCGUUGAUCGGUGGCGGAUCAAUGGCAAAUACUUUUCUCCCACUCCUUAAAAAGUUGUUUGGCUAUUCUGGAAAGGGAGAUAAGCAGAGUUUGGCGUACGAAGAGCCACUGGAUUCCGUCAUCGACGAGCAACGCCGCGAAUUCACGGCGGCCGAAACCCUAGAAUCCGACCUCCGCUUCGCCUUAGACCUCCAAAUGCAAGAAGCCAUGUCUGCUUCACUCUCCGGAACCUCCAAACCUUCCACCUCCACUUCUCCUCCUCCGCCGCAUUUCGAUGUCGACGGCUACGAAGGCUUCGACUACACGGGCCUCCUUAUGGAGAAUCUCGCCCGUUUCGAACAGGAUCGGUUCAAUCAGUUGCAAAGCGAAACCCUAAUUCGGUCAAUGAAAGAAGACCUCGACCGUCAAACUCACGAUCAGAAGUUCGCUCGCGAGAUUAUGAAUAUUCCGGAGGACCAGUGGGCGAAAACCGGAGACAACAUUCACAGGGCUUACGGAGAUGGAGAGGGUAAGGAGACUGAGAGCCUCAGAAUGUAUUGUAAGGGUAUUGUGAGCGAAGAGAGGAUCAAGGACAUGAGGGUGUCUGUGGCGUCCAUUGGUGUGGCAAUUUGUGAUUUUCAGGAUAAUCUCUUGUUUGAGAUGAAGAGAGGUUUGGAAAAUGGUGAGAUGCUUACUAAUGAGGGAGCAGAGCUUGAGGCUCUGGUAGCCGGGCUGGAAGCGGCUGUGGCUUUGAAUUUGGAAAGGGUGAACUUUUUUUGUGAUAACUAUAUGGUAUAUCAAUAUGUCUCAGGCAGGUUGCUAGCAAAUCAGAGCAAGAUUGCAACCUUGGUCAACAAGCAUGUGGAAGCAAAGUUACUUGCUGGGAAGAUGGCUGAGUGUCCUCAUGAAAGCUGUAAGACUACUAUCGACGUUGAUAGCUGUGGCAAAUUUGUCGAUCUUCAUUUAGUUGAGAUCAUCAGCAAUCGCAUGGAGGAGGCAUCUAUAGCGGUUACCGACAAAGUUUAUUGCCCAUAUCCCAAAUGCUCUCAUUUAAUGUCGAAAGUUGAGGUUUUAACAUGCACCAGUCGUGAAUCUGUUGGUACUGAAACAUCUCCAGCCAGGAAAUGCAGGAAAUGUAACCAGUAUUUCUGUCUCAAGUGCAACGUCCCGUGGCACUAUAAUAUGACUUGCCGUGCUUACCAAAGUUCUCCAAGACCUCCAUCAGGUGAGUCAGUGGUGAAGGCUCUUGCAUAUGAGAAAAAGUGGUGCCAAUGUGUGAAGUGCAACAACAUGGUCGAACUUGCUUCUGGUUGUUAUCACAUCUAUUGCAGAUGUGGAUAUGAAUUCUGCUAUACUUGUGGAGCUGAAUGGAAGAACAAGAAAGCAACGUGCAAAUGCCGACGCCGCGAUGUGGUAUUACCAAGAGUUGGGCGAUAUACCGCCGAACUACGAGCCACAACAAUCGGGGUAUGUCAAGCGAGAUUUGGUUCCGGAGACUCAACCGGAAGCGACCGGUUCGAAAAAAAGUACACGCCGGAAAAGCCACAAAGCCAAAAGCAAGUUGACCGAGGCUACACGGUCAAUCCAAAAGUGGACGACGGGCACCAAGGCAAGGUGCCCAUCGAUCUUUGGAGGAUUUUAAGUCGUUCCCCGAAGUGGAAACAACUCAACAAUCCCGACGGCGGAUCGUUCCGGAAAAGAUCCAUCGUCGACGCCGAGGUUGAGGUCGACGAGACUAUCGAUUCGACCGAUCAAAUCCCUCCCUUCAACGUUGCGGAUUCUGAUGGUGAGGACCUCAUUCCACGGCCGAUCGGAAGAAAGAAGGCAAAAUCCAUUGCCUCUGGUUCGGGAGGGUCCGCCUCUGUUUCCGCUUCUUCCCGCGACGAAAUCGGUCGGGAAAUGGUUGAACAAUUUCGGGCGUUCAAUCUCCAAGAGCAAGAGAGGUUGAAGCUAAAGGAGAAGGAGUUGAAGCUAAAGGAGCAGGAGGCCGAGAUGAAAGUCAUGCAAACCGACCCCGGGACGUUGUCCGAGAUUGGACUAAUGAUCUACAAGCAACGAAUAAGAGAGAUCAAGGAGAAAUAUAAAUUACCUUAGUUUUUUUAUUAAUAUAUCUUUUUUUAAAUU